AUGGCAGACGGCCAUGUCCGCGUGCUGGACUCGCCUUCCGUGCGGUCCCCAACGGCCUCGAAUCAUCCGGAUGCCAGAGCCCGGCAUCGGGUCGGUCCGGCGCUACCCUCCCGCCCCUUUUGCCGAUCAGAUUCGUCCGAGGCGUGCCGAAUAGUUGGCUGCACGCCGUCUCCAGCGCUGCUGAAGAAGCCGGACUGGACGAGACGCGGGGGGACGUGCGCCAAGGCGGUGGACGUCGAGUCAGCGGGUCAACUCGCGCCAAACCUUGACUGUGAGGGCCUUGACAGCCGAUGGUGGGAGUGGAAAUACGGGUCCAAGGUGCAUUACUAUGCGGCCGGCGGCGAAGGGCCACCCAUCCUCAUGGUUCAUGGAUUCGGAGCUGGCGGGUUUCAUUAUGAUCGCAACAUCCCAGAACUGAGCAAGACACAUAGGGUGUGGGCAAUCGAUCUGGUUGGACAAGGCAGGAGCACACCAUCAAGUGACCUCAUACUUUCCACUGAUACAUGGACAGAGCAGCUGUCAGAUUUUGUGACAGAUGUAAUUCAGGAGCCUGUCUACAUCAUGGGCAACUCACUAGGUGGCUAUCUUGCAGUGUCGAUGGCCACACAGUUCCCAUCGCAAUGCAGGUAA